UGAGGCCGAGCUGAUCUGAGUCACAUGUUAAGAGAGAGAGAGACAGAGAGAGAGCGAAGUCAGGAAGAAACUGCUGAGACACAUCGGAGCGUCAAAGUAACGUACACCGCAGUCUGUUUGAGCAGACUAUAGACUGUAUAAUAGGCGCAGACAUAGAGUAUAUUGUUGCUUUCAAGGGAUCUAAUACAUAUCUAGCCGACAAAGGAAUAUAACCAGUUUUGUUGACAUGAUGGUCUUACAUCUAAAAUGCAGGAUGUGGUUACCUCUGAGAUGAUGGAGGACAAGAACAGAGUUUGUCAUGUGACAGAGGAGAGUGAGGUGGAUGUGCAGAUCAGACAAACCAAAGCUCAGCCACAGCAGGCCAGCAACAACAGACCCACCUGGUCAAAUGGUCAGUGUGUUGUGGCGAUGCCAAGCUGUUCGAUGCUAAACCCGAGCUUUGAUCUGUCUCUGUGUCGUGCCAAACUCGAGAAUGAUGGCUUUCAGAUUCCAGUCAGAGACAUGGAGGCUCCACUGAAGACAGCUUUGGACCUUCCCUCAGUCAGGAGAUACAUGGUUUUUAACUCUGCUCUCUUCCAUUUUAUAAUGGCACCGGUGCUGUAUGUGGUGGUGUGGUGCGCCACAUUCUCCACCCUCCACCUCUUUAUCACUGUCAGUGACUACUGGGUUCUCUGCCUCUCUGUCAGCCUGGUCUCCAUCUUCCUCACCACUGCCAUCAUUUUCAUUCUCCACUACAGUAACAAGGAGAUCAACAUGAACGUAGACAUUCGGUUAAUCCAGGUGAAUGAGAGGAUGGUGAAACACAAGCUGCUGGUGGCCGUGGCCGACUGGGUGCAGUCCUGCACUGGAAACAUGAAGCUGUACUUUGUGUAUUGGGACAUGUCCCACUGUCUGAGGGCACUGACUGAAACUUUAGAGGAGUGCAGCUUUGUGGUGAAUGAAACCCAGAAAAAGUUGGAGAGGAAAAUGGCGCAUCUCGUUCUUGUGACCGAAGACACGGCUGUUGUCCCUGAGGUCGAAGGGUCAGAUGUGGAGCAGCAGGACUCAGAUGAACAGAGGCCUCUGCUGAGACAUGAGGACACCGGCUGCUGUACCUCAUCCAGCCAACAGGAGGGCACCAAAGUCCCCACCAACUACAGCCUCAUCCCUGAUGCAUCGUUACCUGCUCAGGCUACAGCCUACCAGCUUCUGAUGACCUACAGUGCAGCUUAUGUGAAGCUGCUGGUGUCUAAGAGGCUGUCAGGACCGUCACACCACCGCCUACGCCCCCAGAGGAAUCACUGCACCACCGCCCCUCUCUGCCUCUGCCAGUACAUCAAAAAGAAGAUCCUUCAAUAACAGAACCAGUGUCAAGACUUUUGCUUUGCACCCAUGCUCUUGAAGAGACAAAGUGACAUGUAGGAGCACUUCCAUUGCAGCAAACAUGGAUUAUAUUGGACUUUUUCAGAGCUUCGCACUCUUAAUUUCUCUGUUUUUAAGUCUCCAGUUUGCAGCUUCCUGUACCUCAGCUGCUGUGUUCACGCCAGUUCUGUAUUUGCACAACUUGGAUCCUCGUCCAUUUACUCCCAACUAUUUCUACACCAUGCCAAAUGCUGUCUGAUCCUGCUGCUGUAAAGCAAUAUUUGCACUCUUGCACACAUGACAAUCACAGCCUUAGCCUUGCUGUUUAAAUUAUCUGCACACAUAUUAAAUAUAGAUUCUUGUGAUUUGAUUUGCAGUAGACAGCAUUUGUCCUUGUGGUUGAACCGAAGGCAGUGGUGGAAAGUAACCAGAAAGUAACUAUGGAGUACAUUUUCUGAAGUUCUAUACUUUUCGAGGUAUUUUUUUAAUUUUUUUACAUUGUUGUUUUGGUACUUUUAUUUAAGUAAUACAUUUUCCACCACUGCUUGGAGGACAGACAAUUGAUAUGUAGACAAAGACAAUAUAAGCAUGAAGGAAAUGGAAGACUUUUUUUCCCCCACUUUUAAUUCCCCUUGAUGCAGCUGUGUAAUGAUGCUUAAAGCGGGUUAACAUGAAUCAUUGGAUUAAGUUUCCUGGAUAUAUUACCUCAAAUGUCAGCAACAGAA